AUGGGAACGCUGAUAGACCUGUCACUACAUGCGCCUGCCACAGACUGGCCUGAGCAAGCGCUGAUAGUACAGAUUGUACACAUUGAGCUACAUGCACAAGGCGGAAAGACCGCUGUUGGAAACAUGCGAUGUAUCCGCAUGGGUUUUCACGACGCCUUCUCACCAUACGACGAAGUCUUCUGGACCGUCGCCAACGAUCUGGACAUAGUG